ACACUGGUGUUUAGGUCAGAUGUGUGCUUCUCAGUGAUUAUUGCAAGCAUCAUGAUGCAUGGACACACUGCUGCUGUUAGAUCUGUGAGAAACACACACACACAAACGCACACACACUCACACGCCCUGCGAGGGUGAGAAACAUCGUGUUAAGGAGGAAAUGAGUUUGUCAUGAAGAAAUGAACAGGAAGAUGUGUGUCACACAGACGAGCAGCAGCAGGAUGGAGACGCUCGGCUUGAUUCUCUUCAUGUGGGCGUCUCUCUCAGAGUCCUUCAACAUCGACACUGAACAACCACUGAUAUUUAACGGCACACCGGAAGAUUUCUUUGGUUACAGCGUUUAUCAGACUGAGUUUGGAAACAGGAAGCAGAUCAUUGUUGGAGCUCCAUUAGAAGGAAACUCAACAGGGGAGAUGUACAGCUGCACAGCAGAUCUACAGUCCUGCACACGACUGCAGCGGCCAGGUGUGACAGGUUCAGAGAGCGUCCUCUUCUUCGGCAUGUCUGCUGCAGUGUCUUCUGCUGCUCUCACUAGCUGCAGUCCGUAUGUUCCUCAUGAGUGUGAUGGAAACUCGUAUCUGAACGGUGUUUGCUAUCAGUUCAACAGCAGCUUACAGACCGUCUCUAACUUCACCGCUGCUUACCAAGAAUGCACCAAGAGAGAAGUCAAUCUGGUGUUUCUCUUUGAUGGAUCCAGCAGCAUGAAAGCACACGAGUUUGAAAUGAACAAAAAAUUCAUUAAAGAUGUUAUGAAAAAACUUUCAAACUCAUCCAUAAAGUUUGCUGCUGUCCAGUUUUCAGGAGAUGUACAAACUGUGUUUGACUUCAACAAUUAUCAGGAUGGCUCCGCUGAAGAGAAACUCAUGAAGGAGAUACACAUGAAAUCUCUCACAAACACAUAUAAAGCAAUCAACUACGUUCUAAAGAAUCUGCUGAAUAGAGUGUCGUCUGGAGCCGAUCCCAAUGCUCAGAAAGCUCUGGUGAUCAUCACAGAUGGAGACCCCAGUGAUAACGAUGAUGAUAAUGUCCUCAAGAAAUGUGAUGAGCAGAAUAUCCUCCGUUACAUCAUCGGGGUUGGAAACGUUGAUUUAACUGGACUCACUCAGCUGGCAUCAGAACCAAAACAGAACAACACCUUCUACAUUAAAGACUACAGUGGACUCGAAGGACUUCUUGACAACCUGCAAAAAAAGAUCUACAAUAUUGAAGGGUCAAAGGAUGCUCAAGGCAGAGACAGACAGAAAGAGUUAUCACAGAGUGGAUUCAGUGUCGUCUACCAGCAGUGUUUGUUUCAGGACUCUGUGAUCGUGGGUUCGGUCGGAGUGAAUGACUGGUGUGGAGCUCUGUAUGAAGUGACAGGAUCAGGAUCUGAAUUCAGACAGACAGAGAUCAUUGAUCCGGCUGUAAAUAAAGACUCGUACAUGGGUUACUCUACUGUGCUGGGAAUGAGACGCGGCGUCUCUCUUCUGUUCUCUGGAGCACCACGGGCCGAACACAGGGGUCUGGUGACCCUCUUCACCAAGAAUAAAAGCACAUGGACAGUGAUGAGCAACAUCAAUGGAGAACAAAUUGGCUCAUAUUUCGGAGCGUCUCUGAGUGUGUUGGAUGUGGACUCUGAUGGAGACUCAGAUUUCCUGCUGGUCGGAGCUCCAUUAUUUUACCAGUCUCAACCGAAGGCUGAAGGGAGGCUGUACGUCUACACUUUAUCAGAACAGAACUAUUUUCAGAAGACACUGAAUGUGAGCCAGUCAAGCACAGGUAGAUUUGCUGCAUCCGUGGCUUCACUAAAGGACCUGAAUGGAGACAGUCUGUCAGAUGUGGCAGUCGGGGCACCGCUGGAGGAUGAAGGAGUCGUCUACAUCUACCUGGGUGAUGGGACGCAUGGCAUAAACCCUGAAUACAUUCCUCAGCGGAUCCCAGCGCGGUCAGUUCUGCCUGGUCUGCAGCAGUUUGGACUAUCUCUGUUUGGUCAGAUGGACAUGAACAAUGAUAAUCUUACAGAUGUCAUGAUUGGAGCACAAGGAGGGAUCGUCCUGCUCAAGGCUCGGCCUGUGAUGUCUGUAUCUACAGAGCUCAGUUUCAGUCCAAAGGAAAUCAGUCUGAACUACUUUGAAUGUCCAGAUGUAAACACAUUUAAUGCAUUUAAUCUCACGUCAUGUUUCACGGUGACCGAGAGAACCAGCAGCACAGGAUCUCUGGAGAAGAAGAUGAAUGUUUCUCUGAAUCUGAAUGUGGAUGUGGUACGAGGAAUGAGUCGAGGAUUCUUCGAUCAGAGCAAUGUGUCGUCCAGGACUCUGCAGCAGUUUAUCCUGCUGGAUUCUGGGUCCUCCUGUUUUAACUUCUCCAUCUUCAUGCUGCGCUGUGUUGCAGACACAGUAUCUCCUCUGAAGAUACGAAUGAAUUUCUCACAAACUGAGAUGUUGUCUGGAAACUCUGUGGCUGUUCUUGACGUUCACAGCAGGACGGAGAAGUAUGUCGAGGUGCCGUUUCAAAGGAACUGUGAUUCAAACAACAGCUGUGUGGCCGAUCUGAAGCUGAACGUCAGUUUUACGAACGACACAUUAGUGAUGGUGAAUCAAGCUCAUUUCACGGUCCUCAUUUCGCUGUCAAACCCAGGCGAUGACUCCUUCAACACCAGCAUAGUGCUGCAUUACCCAGAAGGCCUCUCGCUCGCUAAAUUUGAUGCUAUUAAGAGUCGGACUCGAAGCAGCUGUGGUGAUCGGGACAGUGGGGCUACGAACAGAACAACCUGCGGCAUUAAUCUACCAGUGUACCGCAGCGGCACCACAACUCAGUUUCUGGCAACUUUCCGUGUGAUGAAAUGGGAACACGACUGGUCUGACAGGAUGGAGAUGAUGAUCACUGCGUACAGUGAUAACAAUGGUAACAUGAGUGAUCCGGUGGUGAGGAAGAGCGUCCCGGUGCAGUUCUCCGUUGAUCUGGCGAUCAGUCUAGUGGCUGGAGAGUCUGUGACGUAUCUGAACUUCUCUCUGGAGGACAGAGGUCCAAAACCUCUCAACAUCAACUUCAGGGUGGAGAGUUCAGAAUUUAAAGGUCUGAACGUGUCGGUCACGCUUAUCCUGCUCUGUCAGACGACACAUGUGAUUUUAAGACCUCACAACUUCAGCAUGCAUGAGAACUCGCUGCAGUGCAACUUCAAGACAGAACGACAGGACAGUCACUACAGGGAGUUUGAGUGUCCUCAGUUUUAUCUGAAGGAAUUUUCAUCAGUUCACUUCAACCUGACAGCAGACGCAAAACUCCAGAACGUGAAGGAAUACGAGAGCAAAUCUUCCUUCUACGAGUUCAGGAGGGAUUCUGUGUUCAACAUCACUGCUGAGCUCCACUACAACACAAGCCGCUACAAGCAGAAAUCUACCGGACUGGAGCAAUACAAUCUCCACAGAUCCCAGACUGCAGUGAAGGUGGAGUUUGUCGUUCCUCCCAGUCGAAUGCUGAUUGUUGGCACUGGUGUAGUGGGCGGGUUUAUCUUCCUCAUUAUCAUAUUAGUCCUUCUGCUGAAGUGUGGGUUUUUUAAACGAAAUCGCCCUGAAGAGUUCGGUCAAGAGGAUGAAAAUGUAACUGCGGCUGAAGACUCUCCUCUGAUGAACGUGAAUACUAAAGAAAACGGAGUCGGUGAGAACGACAGCACAGAGAAAGAGAACGGAGUGAAGGAGACGAGUUCCAGUCCUGAUCCUCCAAACACAGACCAAUAAAAUAUCACUUUAUUACACAACAACAAAAGUAAAGAUGUUUGCUUUGAUAGAGCUGAAAAUGGUCUUCUAAUGGUCUAGUUGCAUAAAGAUAUGAUAUUAACGUUCAGUAUGUUUAGCUCAAUGAUAUGGAGCAUUUUUAUAAUAACUCCGUUUCAUUCUGAUAUUCACUUAUACACUGUAAAAAGUGUUUCCCUAUAUUUAUUCAGUAAAAUUGUGUCA